AAGGUAGAAGGAUGCAGUAGUGUAAACAACUCCAAUGAAGAAUGGCGCUAGAACUGCAAUUAACAAUUUGGCAGGUGGUCAUUUUGUGUCUUUGGUUUGAGCAAGCGCUGCAGGGUAAGUUAAGGUUGGACUGCAUGCAUAUACUUUUGGAAGCCUCCUUUAUUUUUAAUCCCAAUGGCCCACCGGUGUUUGAUGCAAACCUGAUGUUUGAGAUUGCUGAUUCCAUCAUUUUUGCAAUGGGUUGUAUACCGCAGUAUUUUUCGUUUUUUUUUUUUUUUUUUUUACCCAUCCUGCAGUUUUUCUUGGGUGGGCUGGAACUUAACCAGGACAUUAACAUUCUCCUCCUGGAUGAGGAGAUGGCAUCUAUGAGGCCUGGCCGGUCCUUCUUGACUCACAUCAAGAGCUCCAUGCAGCAGAAGAUCAACACGUUGAAGACUCAGAAGCGUCGGCCACUGACUGGGGAUCAGUUUGAGAGUUUUGUCCUAAACACGGUGGUCUCGGCCCAGCGGACCUGGCACCAGCAGGGGGUUGAGGAUCGGGAGGCCUGGGCUGAAGUGCUCCUGCAGCUUGCAAACUUCACCGUUCAUGACCUACGUGGAAGUUAUCUCUUUAAUUAUGCAUAAUUCUCCAGAGAAGAUGUGCAGUAAACACAACUGCAACACACUUGGCUCGCAUUCUUUACUUUGUGCAGCAAAGAUCCAAAAGAGCAACUGGCGAGCAGUUAGAAGGUGACACAAAACAUCUCAGCUGGUGACUAUGAUGAUAUAUCGGCGGCUGGAAGUCAGCUGUUCUUAUUAAUUCUGAUAUUGAUCCAGAGACCAGGACUUCUGAUAAUGAUCCUCCCACAUCCCGGCCCUCAUUCAGUGGCAACACAAUAGGCUCCAGCUGUGAGAUCAGCCUCUUUACUCACACACACACACACACACACACACACACACACACACACACACACACACACACACACACACACACACACACACACACACACACACACACACACACACACACACACAUUCAAAUAAACAGUACAAUGCACUUCAUGAAUAUAAUCAUUAUAUACAAAAAUAGAUAAAUAACAUUAUAUUAUAAUGUUAUUUUCAACUUUAUGCACGAGUCAUACUAGUAAUGAUUUCCACCAUAUGGAACCUCCACACUUCAAUAUCCAAUCAAAUGAAGAGAGUCCAGUGUAAUUAUGUAUUGAUUACAGCUAACUAUUGAUUUCAUCAUCUAAAGCCUCAAACAAUAAUUCAGCAUGGCGGUAAGUUAAUGACAUGAUAUUACUGCCUCAAUAUCUUUUUAAAAAUUAUUGAUUAAAUACAUACAACUUCUUUUGUGUAUCUUUUUAUGCUGUAUUUUAUAUAUUCAGUAAUUAUUUAUUAUUAGGUGUAAAUACAUAAUCAUCUAUCUAAACCAAGGGUGUCAAAUUCAUUUAGGUUGGGGGCCACAUGGAGAAAAAUCUACUCCCAAGUUAGCCGGACUGGUAAAAUCAUAGCACCAUAACUUAAAAAUAAACACAAUUUAAGAUUAUUUUCUUUGUUUAAAAACUGUAAGUUAAUAGUAUUCUACCUUGAGACUUGGACUUAGACAAAUUUUAAUGAUUCACAAGGGAUAUUGUUCCACACAGUAGCUCAGUUACAAUGAUGGAAAUUGUAAGGAUGAAAGGACAAUGCAGGUAAAAAUGGACUAAAUAUAGCGAUGUAAAACCAUACAGGU